UUAUGUGCUUUUUUUCUUUUUCAUAAACGCUUAAAAAUGCACAAAAAGUGACGUUAGCUGAACAAAACGAAUAAGAUAUCCGAAGCCUGCGUUUACCACAUACCUUAUUCUCGGCAUUUAUCCAAAAACUCCAUUCAUUUUGUACAACGAACCAUGGCGGAGUUAGUGCAUACAAAAAGACGCCAUUACUAUUUAUCUCUAUAACAGAGUAGGAUAUCAGAACGUGUUGUUCACUGAAGGCGCACCCGGUCAGUGCGCGUAGUUUAUUUACCAACUGCGCUGGCGCAAACUUGUCAACAUUGCCAACCAGCAGGAUUCAAACAAAGACGUUAGCCAUAAUUUGACAGCUCGACCAUGUCUGCCUCGGCCGCCAGAGAUCCUGUUGUGAAAAAGAAGCAUGUUCGUUUCGCUAGAAUGGAGGAGGAUGAUGAUAACGAUGACCAAGAGGAAGAUACUCUGUUUGACAAGAGGAAAGACACGAGACGAGGGCUUAAGAGUGUAAUGAAAGGGAGGAAGAGAAGUUCGAAUUCAGAGUUCGAUGAUGAGGUUGAAAUCAUCGAUAGAGGUGGCAGGGCCAGCGGUACUGGAGGCUGCAGCAGCUGGAUGAUCACCUUAGCGCUCUGUGCGUCAUUCCUCGGCCUGGGGAUGAGUAUCUCUGUCUUAGGCCCCACCUUUCAAGACCUUGCCAUCAACGUCAACCAGGACAUCAGCAACAUCUCCUACAUCUUCGUAGGGCGCUCGAUGGGCUAUAUAGGCGGCUCUGUGUUGUCCGGGAUUCUCUUUGACUGUAUGAACAGCCAUCUGCUGCUGGGCCUCUCCAUGCUGGUCACAGCGUUUGGGAUGUUUGCCAUCCCUUUCUCUAAGACGGCACUUCUCCUCACUGCUCUGAUGUCCAGUAUUGGAGUUUCCAUGGGCUUUCUAGAUACAGGUGGUAAUGUCCUGAUCCUGCAGACGUGGGGGGAUCAGGCUGGCCCCCACAUGCAGGCCUUGCACUUCAGCUUCGCUGCUGGGGCCUUCGCAUCGCCCAUCAUCGCCAAGCUGCUCUUUGGAACGGACCUGGACGUGGCUACAAACAGCAGCAUGGAAGCCCCGGUGGCAAACUCCACCUCCCCAUCUGUCACAGACCACGUGCCCCAAACCGUGUCCUCUCCUACGAUUAUUCGCUUCGUCCACAGUAGCAGCACCCUCAAGUCCAUGUGGGCCUACGUUGUGAUCGGUGGUUUCAUCCUGUUCGUCUCCCUCGUCUUCUUCAUCCUUUACGCCCGCCACAGUCCCUCUAGUGGCAGGGCCCAGACCCCCUCAGGGAAACCCCUGGUGUCCAAGCACCACAACGCACUCAUCGCUAUGCUCUUUGUCUUCUUCUUCUGGUACGUGGGGGCCGAGGUGGCGUACGGCUCCUUUAUCUUCACCUAUGCUAAGGAUUACAUUCAUAUGGACGAGGCCCAGGCAGCAGGGCUCAACUCCCUGUUCUGGGGAACGUUCGCUGCCGGCCGGGGCCUGGCCAUCUUCUUUGCGGCCUGCAUGCACCCAGGCACCAUGAUUCUACUGAGCCUGGUGGGCUGCACCCUGUCCUCCCUGUUCCUCACCCUCUUCAACAGUAACAGGGUGGCCCUGUGGGUCUGCACUGGUGUCUACGGUGCCUCCAUGUCGACCACUUUCCCCAGUGGGAUCUCCUGGGUCGAGCAGUACACCACGGUGACCGGGCGCUCUGCUGCGGUGUUCGUGGUGGGGGCGGCCCUGGGGGAGAUGGUGCUGCCCGCCCUAGUGGGCUUCCUACUGGGAAGGAUCCAUGAUCACCCCUUGCUAAUGUACCUGGCCCUGGGCACCGCCACCAUCACCUCCAUCCUCUUCCCCUUCAUGUUCUGGCUGGCCUCGUCCCCCAGCGGCCCCAGUAGGACACCUCGCACCAGGAGCCACAUGGAGCCUGACGACAGCGAGUACCGCCAAGCCCUGCUGGACUCGGGCGCCAAUGACGAYGAAGAGGAGCAGGAGCAGCAGCGGGAACAGAAGCAGGAUGACGAGGCCGACCAGUGGAAUGAUGCCGACUUCGAGGUCAUCGAGAUGGAUGACGCCAGCCUUAUGACCUCUCCUAAUAAAGCGGCGGUCUCUUCUCCUAGCAAAGCGCUCUCUUUAUCUCCUAAUAAAGUGUUGUCAUCUCCUAACAAAGGGCUUCCACCACCUGAUGUUGCUGGGACAUCAGGGGACAACCCUGCCACAUCUGUCCCCGCUACUCUUCYGUCCCUAGAGCCAACAGUUGAGGCCUCUUUCUCAGACUCUAUCUCUCUCCGGGGAGACUCACCCAGACGGAAACUGCUGCGUUCCUUGGACCGGCAGAAGAGAGACUAGGGGCUAGAUUCAAUCAGAUCAAGCAUUAACCGGCGAUUGCCGACACCCCCAUAGCUGGUGUUUUGGUGGUGUAAUUGCAUUAGAGCUGUCAAAUCGGAGCUGCUGCUCUUGUGGUCAUUGUCACGAAGCCAUACCCGUCCCACUCAUGUUAGA